AUGAAUCUCGUUUCCACAAACGCUUCGCAGCAACUACCUCAACCUUCUCACUCCCAGGGUUACCAGCAGCAAUCUUCAACACAAAUGCGCUAUCCCGUUCCACCAAACGUGGUCACUCGUCCUUCUUCCGUUCUGCUUGAGCCCUCAGUUGCUCAUCAAGCCCAGGACAAACACCGCAACACACGUCCUCGAUCUCAAUCCCAUACAAUCUAUUCAAACUACAUGCCACCACCAUCACCCACCAAGACGUUGCACUCGCCAUCUCCAUCAUCUUCCCCUACCUGUUUAGGAUCCAAUACUGCAAUCUAUGACCAUGCAUCAGACAAUCCAGUGCGGCUCCAAAGCUGGGGACUGCCUGCCCAUCGCUCCAAGCUGUCAAAGCAGUACACUCCUUCGGAGGAGGAUAGUGAUGACGAGACAUUGAGUGGCCCCGCUGCAGAAGCCAAGCGUCGCUCAAAAUUCAUGUCAGGUGCAGCAUUGGGGCUCAAUACUGUUGGCAACGACACUUUACAAGCUCUUUCCCAACUCUCCCUCUCCGAGUCAUCUCAGAACUCUGACACUCUGUCAUCCUCUGAGAACUGUGAAUCAGUCAAGUCAAACAAGAAGAAGAUGUCCCUUGGCAAGCGGAUAUCCAAGUUCUUUGGCGGAAGCAAGUCCUCCGAUUCAAUCACAUCCCCAAUUUCAAAGUCUUCAUCAUCGUCCACACUCGGACAAAAAUCAGCAGAGGCCAGAAAUUCGACCACCUCAUUGACCCCUAUUGAUGAAUUGACUCCACCUAGUCAUACACAUAGAGGUUUGUACUCUCAUCAGCGCUCGCUUUCGACGCCAGACCAGAUCGGCAACAUAACCAAGCACAGUGGCUCUGUUUCUGCAACAUCUAAUUCCUCUGCUCAGAACAUCAAAAUGGAGGAGCAUCUGUUGCGAAGGACAAGAGAUAGUGGGUUCGAGGAUACUGAAGGCAACAGACAUCACCGUCUAUCGAGCUCCAACUUGGGCGCCAUGUCAGGCGCGCCUAUCUCUCGAUCUUCUUCACCCAAACCGUCGCAUCAGUCCCACAGCAAUGGCAGCAAUAACAGCAGCAGUAGCAGCAUCAACCGGUAUUCUGUUCAAAAGAGCGAGCCUAUGUACAUUGAUCAUCAAGCACAAGCAAUGGCUGCGGCUCAACAAGUGCGCCGCUCGACCCACGGUACACCACUCUCAACCUCUUCGCCUCAGCUUCGUGCCUAUAUGGACCGUGAGCUUCACAUCUCUCAGCCUCAGCUUCAGCCUCAGCACCUCACCCAUCAACGGCACAGCUUCAUGGGCGCUGAGCUAGGACGCUCUCCAUCCCCAUCUCUCACACCAACGCUUCCCACGAUGGCACGUAGAAGUAGCACUCCGGUCAUUGUUACGGAGACACUCAUUUCUAAGGUUGACCGCGAAAGUGCCUCUGUUUGCUUCCAAACACCCAAUGCAAAGAAGGAAGCGUUCACGAAGGAUGCAAAAUUGGACCCUAUCCUAUCAAACUUGGUUCAGCAGCAUCGAAGAGACUUCAAGACCAAUCAGAGAUUAGGUGGCACCCCUCAGCCUCAGUGUAGCUCACCCAAGACGCGUACACCUAUGUUUGCGGAUGAGCAUCAUCAUCCAUCAUCACCUUUGGGUGGUGCACCCAUAAUGCUGGCAAGAGACCCUAAUGCUAGGCAUGACUCGAAUGGAUCACACCAUCAUUUCUUCCAUAGUGGAAACAUGAGCAGCCCAUUGUCAGCCCACCCAUCUAGCCCAGGCCUGUAUGCUAUGACGGAUGCACAAAGUAAGCGACUCUCAUCGAGCAGCCAGUACACAAUUCAACAACAGCAACAGCAACAGCAACAGCAACAGCAACAGCAACAGCAACAGCAACAGCAACAGCAACAGCAGCAGCAGCAGCAACAUCCAUACCAGCGCACAGUGUUCUCAGGAAGCCAGGGUAGUCUACACCAGCAAUCAGGACAGCAUUCGCCAAUGAUGACUCCUCAACGAACAUCACCUAAGCGCUUUUCCUCCAACGGUUAUUUUACAGUCCAACAGCAACAUCAGUUGGAUGCUCCAACAACACCGCAUAUGCUUCAAGUGUCUCCGAAUCCAAGCCCAAGCUUGGGCGCGACUGCGAUCACAGGUAGUUACGAUAUGUCGCUUCAACAUCAACAGCAGCAACAGUUGGAGCAACUGCAGCAGAUCCGAUUUCAGCAGCAGCAGAUGCUGGCUCAACAGCAACAGCAACUUCAACAGCAACAAAGGCAGCUGAAGCAGCAGCAGAAACAGGUCGGACUGGGUCUGAACUCCGUCAAAGGCUCCACAGCCUCGAUGCCUAUGACUAUAACUAUACCCACAACAGUCACUAUGGCUCCUCCUCAAAAGAUGGUUGGGGUAGGUAUGAGUGCAGGGAUGAAUGGGUCCAACAUGUCUCCAUUGUCAUUGACUCCAACGUAUAUCCAACCUACUGCUCAGGUCCAUUCUGGUCGGAGUCGCUGA